UAGUGUGGAGGGUUGAUUCGUGCUACGUUAUUAUUAAGAUAAUAUAUGUUUGAAGAAAUUUAGCUCUUUAGUGUUUUUCAUUAUUAUUAAAGAAAUAUUUAAACAUGUAUACUCCACAGCCUUCUUCAAGAAAAUCUAUUUCAGGGAAGAGAAAUACCAACAGAUCUUUCUCGUCGAGUAGAAGAAGCAGUGCAGUAUUUGGUUCUGCUAAGAAAUCACCGUAUACACCAGGGUUUCUUUAUUCUAGAAAAGAAUCCCUGAAUCGGUCUCUUCAGACUUCUCAUAUUAUUGAACAAACAGCACAGCAUGCUGUUGAGUUGUUUGGAACUGCUUUGCCUGUUUUAGUAACAGAGGCCUUAACAUUGACUGAGAGAGGAACUGUUGUGAGUGUGAAAAUAUCGGAGUCUGGUUGGGCGUGGCUGGUUUGUGGGCGUCGUUUGUUUGUUUGGAGAUAUAAACAACUCUCAGGAUCCCGCAGUGUGGUAACCCAAUGUAGGGAGUUGAAUUUACCCCCAAGUGACUUGGCUCAUCGAGCAGAUCUGGUAUGCAUCUUGAUGACAAGAGACUCUCAUCUUCCAUCAGCAAUAGCUGUGUCACCAGAAGGUAUUGUUCGAUAUUGGCCAAACAUUGCACAUGAAGGGUCAUCGACAGAAACAGCUGCAGACCUUCAGGGCCAAGAGUGUUUCUCUCUGAUCAAUAUACAGCCACUAGGAUGCCUUCUGGCUACAACCACAUGUUCCUUGGUACUUUUGUCUCCUGAUGUUACAGAUGGUCAAAACAACAUCUCAUGUCGGACACUAAAGACUCCUCAAGGUGUGUUGGCUGGUCUUGGGAAAAGAGUGUCAUCAUUUAUUUUUGGAGCUGUACCAAAUCAAUCAAUGGAAUCAAAACACCUGGUUCAAGUUGUUGCUGAGAAUGGGGAGGAAGAGGAAGAAAAAUAUGUCUAUGUUCUGAGCAGAAACACACUUCAGAAAUGGUCUCUUGAUAUACAACUUCCAGAUAAGUUGCUGUUUGAGAGUGAUAUUGAACGUCUCAUGAAAGAAGGUUUUCUCCAAGCAUUAUGGAACCGAGACUCCACACACUUACACCAACUGAAAGCUUGGGCCAUUGACAUGCAAUUAACCAAGAAUGGAGUUUUGCUUCUCAUGGUUGGAUUGAAUCCACAAGUUUCUCAACAGGUUUAUUAUGCAUUUGGCAAAAUUGACACAGCUAAUGAGAACAGUUCAGUAGGAUUCUCCUCCUUCUGUGUGAUCAAACCAACAGAAAUUUACACAGAAUCAGAGGAGGAGAAAAUUCUCAACUACAAGUUUGUUUUACCCCAACUGGGUUGUCAGCUGGCUUAUGUUUACAAUCAACAGAAAGUCAAGUGUGUAUCAGUAGUGAACUCUAGUGAAGAACCAGAUGUUUUGGAGUUUAGUAACCAUGGAGACAAGAUACUUGGAGCAGGAUCAUGUGAUGGCAUACCUCUGUUCUUCUCCAACAAGUAUGGGCUGUUGUCUCUUCUACCUACUGGAGCUGCUGCUGCAAAGAUGAGCCAGUUAAACCAGUCCAUCCCAGCAGAAUUGUCCAUGAAGGAAUCGGAGGUUGAAGAGCUUUGUGUAAGUGAUGAAAAAACAGAUAAACUGAAAGCAGCUCUUAAUCUCUACUUCAGGAAUGACCUGGCAAAGAGCCAAGCAAUAAUUGAUGAAAUGUUUCCACCAUCUCCACUGCCUGCUGUGGAAACUGACUCUUAUCUGGAUGUCACAGUAGCAUUAGUGAGUCAGAUGUUGAUAGACGAUUACCCAGCUUCUGACCCUCGUUGGGCUGAGUCCAUUCCUGCAGAAGCAUUUGGUUCAUCUUCUACUUCUUUGAUUCUUCUUCACCAAUUGGAAGAUAAGAUGAGAGCCCAUGAGCUGCUGUUAACAUUUUUUAAAGGGAUUGGACUCUGGGAAAGGUUAUCAACAGUUACUGUGAGAGAAACUCCCAUGGUGACACCGAUGCUGCUUUGUGAACAUGCUGAAAAGUUAAUUGCAGCAAUGUCCUUGAGAAACCUACAUUCACAGUACGGAAAGUUGUUGGGGGAUGCUAUCCAGCUAGUCUUACAGCAGAGAGGAAAAUGUGCUUCUGAGAAACUGACUCAUUUGGAUGUUUUCUAUAGAGAAGUAUCUCUAGUAGAUAGCAUAUUUCCUGCUCUAGUCACGCAAGAAGAAAAUCAACUCUCCAGUGAUGUCUCCACUUCAGAAAUCUUGGAAAUCAUAUCUUCAAUAAACAACAUUUUUUUGACUGUACUACAAGAAGUUUGUCAGUAUCGGGUGAACAAGGCUUCUGUCUACGACACCUCUGGAAUUUCUGCACAGUAUAUCCCGUGGACGGCCACCAGUGGUGGAAAUGGAAUGAGAGUAAUCCUGAUGAAACAGCACUCUCUGACUGUUGAACAUGCUGUCCCGCUAGCUGAAGAUACACAGUCACGUGGUGCCAUCUAUCAGCAACUACUUGAUAUAGCUGAUGUAAUACUAGAUGGUUACAAGUGUCAAUUAAAGUCUCUAGAUAAACACACUGAACGAUAUGAAACAGUGGAACAAAAGUAUACACAGGACAGACACAAGCUAAUCCUUCCCUUGUUGAAAAUGGGUCAGUAUGAACGAGCAGCAUCUUUAGCUGAGAAAUACUGUGAUUUUGGUAUUCUUGUUCAACUUUGUGAGGAUACCAACAACCAAGAAAGACUUCAGCGAUACAUGCUUCAAUUUGUUGACCAGGGUUUUUCAGACUUUGCCUUUAAAUGGUAUCUUGAUAAAGGUAAACGAGGAAAGUUGUUCUCUCAGCUUGGAAGUCAUUCUGAUGACUUAGCAAAAUUUCUCCAAGACCACAACACACUCAGCUGGCUUCAUCAUGUUACUACUGGUCAUUAUAGUUCUGCUCAGAAAACCCUAAUGACAUUAUCCUCCGAAGAAUCCCACUAUUUGUCUAAGAAAAAGACUCUCCUUAGUCUGAGUAAGCUUGCAGCCUUAGCCAGUGAUGAACCUUGUGAAACUGUGGAUACUAUUGUUGAUGAUUUGAACAGCCAACUUGAUUUGGUGCUCUAUCAGGAGACUCUGCCAGGUGGUGUCUUAGAGGCAUAUGGAAUAGACCCUGACACAAUGAGAGUUCUAACUCCAGAGGAAUUAAUAAAAAUGUAUAUCAAUGAAGAUAACACAUCAGCUAAUGAGUAUGACUUCAAAAAAGCUCUUGACCUCCUGGAGUUCAUGAAAAAGCCUCUGGGGGAUGAAGAGGUAGAAGCCUUACGACUACAGAUCUGGAGUCAGGCUAUAUUACGAGACAGUUGGGAAGAUUUAGACACGGAUAAUCCACUAGAAGCUAUCAAAGAUACUAUUUUCUUCAGGACAAUUGAACUAGCUUUCACACAAGGUGUGAAACUUCAUGAGUUUCUUCCACCAGUGGAAGAUCUUAUUAAUGAACCAGAACUCUCUUAUUAUGCCGCUAACCCAAGUUUUACAUACCUAAUUCAAGCUGGAUACGAACACAUUAAUCGAUUAAUUGACUAAUAUUCGGUAUAAGUUUCAUGGUUCCAUUAAAUUUUUUUUAAAUUGUAUAUAGAUUUUUUCAAAAUUGAAAUAAAAAGUUUAGCCAUCAAGCUUUUCAAAGUGAUGCAAGUAUUUAUUUUUUUAUAUAUGUACAAACAUUCUAAGCUUUAUAGUUACAACUAACUAUAUAGAAGGCCACCAUACAUUUUUGGAUAUAAAUGAAAUUAUCUUUAUUGCAGAUGAUUGUUUUUCAAAUCUACAUAUAUCUAACUUGAUGUUAUAACUGCACUUGACAACUGUACGCAUAGCACAUGUAGUUAAUGUUCCCUGUAUUUAAUAAUCAAAUAUAAGCUUGAUAUUUCAAAGAUAGAUAAUAUCAGUAGCUUUUUUCACUUUUUUUUUGUUAUCAAACACAUUUCUAAGUAGAUUUUUUUUUAGAUACCAAAAAAUGAAAGAUUUUUUUAUCCAAGAUUAGUUUGUCAUUAAUCAUUAAUUGUACUUACUGCAACGUGUUCUUGCUACAUUUUCUCAAAAUGAUGCACAAGGUUACAUUUUUUUAAUUCAAUGAGAAACUUUAUUUCUAAGAUUUAUUUUUUUAAACUUACAACUGCUAAUAUCUACUAUAAUCAAAUUAGGAAUGUAGAAAAUAUCUCCACAGUUAUUGACUCUGUAAUAUUUAGGAGUUUUAAAAGUAUAACAUGAAACAAAUUAUUUUAUCAAUCAAAUUUCUCAAUACCAAAUCUGUCACUAGAUACUGUUGAAAAUUCUUAGCUAGCAAAAACAUGCAAAAUUGAUAACUUGACAAAAUAACAAUUGUUUUUCAGCUACAGAGAAACUAUUACAAAUGUACAAAGGGGUUAACGUCUACUCAAGGAUUUAAUCACUAAAUAUUUCAUAACAUGUCACAAGGUUUAACGUUAGUUUGAAAAAACUGACAGUUUCUGUCUCAUGCAACUAUAUUUCAAACAUUUUUAUAGUUUCAGCAUUGUAGUGCAUGUGUUUGUUAUUAGUUAUAAUUAUAAUUUUAGGUUUUAGUGAUUUUUUACAGGUUUUGAAAUAUUGUAGUGUAAUUAGUGAAAUGUGAAUUAAUAAAUACAAACUGUUCACGUGUUAGUUUGUGUUAUCUCUAAAAAAAAAUUAAAACAAAUUAACACUUACUAGUGAAUGUCAUAUAUAUUCCCUACUUUAGUUUUCUUUCACUCCAUUAGUUGAGUAAAGUUUGUGACAUUGUUUGUAGAGAUUAUGAAAUUAUGCAGCAUAAUAGCUCCUUAAAAAUCCAAACCUCACAUGCCUAAAAGUAUAUACUGUACUUAAUUAGCCCUAUAAAAGUUUCUUACAUUAUUGAAUAUGGUUAUUAAGUAAUAUUUAACAAAGAUAUAUAACCUCAAUAUGUUCACUAACACUUCAGCUGGAAAAAUUCUUCAUUAAAGAUAUUAAUUCAUUCCUAACAUUGCUAAUAUUCGUAUUUUACAUAUACACAUAUAUUAUUUUGGAAGACUGAUAAUGUAACUAUAUAUUAUUAUAAUUUCUGACCACAUCCUGUAAAUACAGCUGUAACAGAUUUCUUUUGCUACUAAUGCUCCUGUCAUAAAAUCUCUAAAUAAUGUUCUAUGUAACAAAGGUAAUUUUUUGUAUGCAUUAUUAUAUAGAAGUUAAACCAUCCACAUCUUUAAAAAACUGUCUUUAACAGCGUGUGAUUAAAUAUGGAUAACUUGGUCUGGACAGUAUACAUGAAAAGUUUUUCAUAUAUGGAAUAAUGAAUUGAGAAUAAUUUCAAAAUGCAGUUGUGACAAAUUGUUAUUGACACGUCUAUAUAUAGUAAGAACAAUUAUUUACACCUUAGUUACAAAUAGCUUUAAUACUGAAAUAAAUCAAACUAGACCAAAUACAAUUUAUUCUACAUAAUUGAGUAUUCUAUUUCAUAUCCUGUCAUAUUUUCAGGAAAACAUUCUAUAAAAUUAUAUGCUAGUUAAAGUCUCAGUAGUCAGUAAAAUUCAAUUAUAUCAUGUGAUAUGUUAUUUGCUCGUUAUUUAGUCGAAAUUCUUUGAACUCGUAUGUUCUUCAGGAUGUUCCAAAAGUUAACUUGACUCUUCUGUGUGAAUAAAACUUAAUUUCCAUCACCAAACUCUUUAGUUCUUUUAUCAGCCUAUGUACCACAUACAUCAAUCUGAAACAAGUGAAAAUGAAAGAAAUCGUAUACUAUUUUAAAUCAACUAAUCUUUGGGCUACCCUUUCCAUUAUUGAUUUAUUCACUACAAAAAAUUCACUAAAAAUGAUAUGUUCUAUCUUUCACUUUUAUCAGUGAAGAAGUGCUUGAAAUUGUAUUAUGUGAUCUGUUGUUAACCGAUCAUCUCGUCAGAAAAACUUUUAAUGAAAUCAUGCAACAUUAAUGCAAAGUUGGCCCAUUCAACUAAUGGGAUUUGAGAAAAAGGUUAGUUGGAGAAACAAGUAGUUGUUUUGGAACUUGCAAGAAAUUUGUAAACUGUGUUAGUGACUGCCAUGGAUGGCAUGUAUUUAUAAGGAGG